CAAGUCUAUGUUUUAGUAGUCGCGCGGUGGUUUUCGAGGUGCAUACAUGCGCGGGUAAUUUGUGCAAUUGCUCGAAAAAUUGCCAAUAUUUUCACAUUCGAAAAUGCAACGUUCCGUUCAACAAGCAAAUGGAGACAGCGUUCUCGCAUCACCAAGGAAGAAACAACGUGUGUCAAAUGCUACAACCAAAGUUACUGUUGUUCUUGGAGCGCAAUGGGGCGAUGAGGGUAAAGGCAAGGUCGUCGAUAUGCUUGCUAUGGAUGCUGACGUCGUCUGCAGGUGUCAGGGAGGAAGCAAUGCCGGGCAUACUGUAGUAGUAGAUGGUGCGGAGUUCCAUUUUCAUCUUCUGCCCAGUGGAAUAAUCAAUCCUAGAUGUACAUCGGUUAUAGGAAAUGGAGUAGUAAUACAUUUACCAGGUCUUUUUGAAGAACUAGAAAGCAAUGAAGCAAAAGGUUUGAAAAAUUGGCGGGAACGAUUAAUAAUCUCCGAUCGUGCACAUAUAGUAUUUGAUUUUCAUCAACAAGUCGAUGGCCUUCAGGAAUUGGAAAAAGGUACACAAUCCCUUGGUACAACUAAAAAAGGAAUUGGACCAACUUACUCGAGUAAAGCUGCCAGAAAUGGACUUAGAAUCGGUGAUCUUCUCGGAGAUUUCGACAAAUUUUCGCAAAAAUUUGACACACUGGUAACUUCGUAUCAAAAAAUGUUUCCAGCACUUCAAGUUGAUAUAAAAGCAGAGCUUCAACGAUAUAAAGAAUAUGCAGAAAGAAUAAGACCGUUAGUAAAAGAAACCGUUCAGUAUUUACAUCAAGCAUUACGCGAAGGAAAAAAAGUAUUAGUAGAAGGUGCAAAUGCUGCGAUGUUAGAUAUAGAUUUUGGAACAUAUCCUUAUGUUACGAGUUCUAACUGCAGUAUAGGUGGUGUUUGUACCGGUCUUGGACUACCACCGUCUUAUAUCGGAGAAGUUGUUGGUGUCGUUAAAGCAUACACUACAAGAGUUGGUGAUGGUCCAUUCCCUACAGAACUUUUGAAUGCUACAGGCGAGCUUUUACAAAGGAGAGGACAUGAAAUUGGUGUCACAACAAAUAGAAAAAGACGUUGCGGUUGGCUAGAUUUAACUCUUCUUAAAUUCACUGCAAUGGUUAAUGGAUAUACGUCAAUAUGUCUAACAAAAUUAGACAUUUUAGACACGCUUCCGAAAAUUCAAGUUGGGGUAGGUUACCGAUUAAAUGGAAAGGAAAUUGAUUAUUUUCCAAGUACCACUUCUGACUUGGUGAAAGUAGAAGUAAUUUAUGAAACUCUCGAUGGUUGGCAAUCGACAACAGAGGGUGUACGUUCUUUAGAAAAAUUACCUCCUAAUGCAAAAAAGUAUAUACAACUAAUAGAAGAACAUCUUGGUGUACCAGUUAAGUGGAUUGGAGUGGGAGCAGGUCGGGAAAGUGUAAUUACGCUUUGACAUUGUUAUGUAGUAGGACGUUCAUCAUGAGAGAAUGUAUUAUUAAAAGAAUCGGAAUAAAAUGAUGAUACCGAUUCAUGUACAAAAUUUAUUCAAACUUGAAGAAUACUUUUAUAAAACAUCACGCAUGCAGACUUCUGAAUAACUAACUAUCCGCCGAAUUUGGAGAUCUAUUUAUAAUCGCGGCAAUCUCACAUGACUAACUCUGUUAGUCACUAGAAUUGAAUCUUGAGCAGCUAGUCAGCUUAAUAAUAUUUACAAUUUAAAAAAUGACUUUUCAACUACCAAAUCAUUGAUGUUUAAUAUUCGCAGUAUCGCGAAAAAAUUUAUUUUCAUAUCUUAUAACUUGCCAAAACUUUGGCAAACAUCGGCAUCUCUGUUUUAUUGUUCGUUCUUGUUUCUGAGAAUAGAGAUGCCAAAAAUAUAAAUGAAAUCUAAUUCCUUUUGGAUACGUGGCAUCUCUUUUUCUUAAAGUCUUUUUGACAUUAUUUGUUGUAAUUGUAUCUCUUUGAGAGCUACAUUUGCUUAUCGAAGAAUAUUGCGUGUUAUAACAAUUUGUGUAGUAGUUGUUACAAGGUUUGCACAAAUAUCUUAAUUGUAAGAAUUGUAACAAUUUAUACGCUCCAAUUUUGUAGAUAAAAUAUGACAUAGUACUUAGAUCUAAAGCAUAAAAUAAAUAACUUAAAAAUA